AUGUCUUCCUACUACUUCACCAUAAUUGGGACUAAAGAUGCCCCUAUAUACGAACUAGAGUUUUCAUCAUUCAAACUAUCAUCACAUCAAAUACCAGGGAAAUCACAAUUUCCUCCAAAUAUCAAAGAAAUUUUACCUUUCAUAACACACUCAUCAUUAGAUCUAAUCGAAGAAAGUCAAUGGAGUAAUAAUCAAUAUAAUUUAGGUAAAAUAGAUUCAUUUUAUGGCAUAUCCAUUAAUGCUUUCAUAACACAAGGUAACAUAAAGUUUGUGAUUUGUUAUGAUAAUAAUAGUGCUAAUAGUAAAUACGAUGAAAGUUCUAUUAAACAAUUCUUUGUUGAGGUUAAUGAUCUUUAUGUUAAAGUGUUGAUGAACCCAUUUUAUUCAGUCAAUGAUGCUAUAACGUCACCUGAUUUCGAUUUAAAGGUUAAAUUGUUAGCAAGAAAGUAUUUAUAG